UUUCAAAUUCUAGCCGUUUGAGAGCUCUCCCUCUUUCAAGUCUUCACCUCGAGCCCAGAGCCUCACCUCCCUCAUUUCUCUCUCCCUUCUUCCAAGCAAACCCUAAAACCGCAGCUCCUCUCUUCACAUUUUCUCAAACCCUAACCUCCGUUUCUGCAAACCAAACCUUAAUCUUCCAUCAUCAACCCAUCAGACCUCGCAGCCAUGGAUUUAGUGCAUCACCAGAAGGGUAGCAGCACCGAUCUUGGUGCCGAUGCAUUCAGAGGGACCUGAGACAUGUAAAAAAACGACGAUGGAAGCACUGGCACAGACCCAAAUCGCAUCUCAAGGAAAGGAAACCGCCACGGAGUUGUCUACGUUCUAGAUCCGUCAUUUAAAGGUAUAACCCACUGAGCUCCCCUUUUUCGUUCCUGUUCAGUAAGAUCAGCAGUUCGAAAAAUCCAUUUAAAAAUUCAUGCAUGUUCAUUUUGGAUCUGAAGAGCAAGGACACUGGAAAUCGCAGAUCCAUAAUUUUUGAAAGGCUGAAAUUAUUUUCUGCUGCAAUCCAUGGCUAAUACAUCGGCGAACACCAUUAGCUUGAAAGGCUUGGUGGACAAGGAGCGCAACCGAAUUAUGUUCAUAGAGUCAGAAAAUGAUUUUAUUGAUGUUGUCUUGAGUUUCUUGACAAUCCCCAUGGGAACAAUUAUCAGGCUGGCACCAAAUCAAUCAGUACCUUUAGAAAUAGGUUGUAUGAAAAAUUUGUAUGCGAGUGUUGAGAAUAUGGAUGUAAAGCAUUUCUGGUCUAAAGCAUGUAGAGACAUGUUGUUAUGUCCCCCGAAUGGGGCCGAAGUUCAUUGCAAGAACCUCAAACUGAAGAUUGACCGUGGUCAACCCACACAGUACUUUAUCUGCCAAAGAAGUGAAUGUAUAACUUAUAGCAGCGAUGUUCUUAGCUGUGAUUGUUGUGGAGGAAUGAUGUAUGGAGAGAGAGAACUUUCAGCGUUUCAAGACAGAGGCAUCUUUGUGAAAGGACCAGCCAGACUUAUAAUUAGUGAUGAUUUACAAUUGAUGCCUCCUUUUACUGCGGAAAGCCUUUCUAUAUUUUCAGAGCUUGGAGUCAUGAAUGGUAAUACUACUGAGGAGGUGACUUUCAAUGUCGGAUCUGAUGAGGUAACUGAAGUAUUGACAUGUCUUGUGUCUUCUGCUUUUAUGUUUUGAAAUUGCUUGUGUGCUCAUUAGUAUCAAAGACACCGCUGACAGAAACUCUGCUAAAGAAUAAACGAAUACGGAAAUUGAGCAAGAAAAUCAAGUAGCAGAUUUUGAACCUGAAAUUGUAGAAGGCACAAAGAAUACAAACGGAAACAUUUCUGUCAAGCUUAUAGUGAGCAAAUCUAAGAAGAUGGUUUGUUAUGCAGAAGUCGGGGAGGAUUUUGUGAAUUUACUCCUCGGUUUCCUAACUAUUCCACUGGGUUUCAUCGUAAACAAAAUGCGUGAUUGCUCAUUAAAAGGAUGCAUUAGUCAGUUGUUCAAGAGUGUCCAAGAUCUUGACAAUCGCUACAUGAAGUCAAACUACCACAAAGAAAUACUACUCAGCCCCAAGCUUGCCCCCGGUGUUUGCCAUGACAACCAUCUCUUAGGAACUGAGGAGGCCACAUUUUAUUAUGCAAGUAACCGUGGCUUGCUGUCUACUGAUAAAACUCUUCUCGCUUCUCGUAUUUCAGCUGGGUUUUCGUCUUUUGGAGGAAGUGUUUUCGGAACAAGUGAUGUUGAAAGUUCUAUCAAGUCAAUGAAAGUCAUGGGUCCCAAAUCCUACCAAGAUCAAGAAAAAGGAGUUCAAGGCCAAGGAUUUUUAGAACCGGCGAUGUUCACAGUAACUGACGAUUUGAUCAUAAGACCUAUAUCUCUAAUCUUUGGCCUGUCUCUCCUGAAUGAAUUGAAGGUGCCUUCGACUGACAUUGAAGUGAAAAUCGUGCAUGUGGGAAAAGAGGAGGCUUUGCGUCUUUUGGUGGCUUCUUUUGUUUGUGACUCUGCGCUAACCAACGUCUUCAUUAGGGAGCCAAAGCAGAACAAAAGGCCAAAGCAGAACAAAAGGCCAAAGCAAGAACAAAGUUGAAAGCAUGAUUAUAAACAUGAUACAAACUCAAACUCUAAUGUGUAUUUUUGUGUGAGAAUACUUGUUACAUAUGUGAUCGAUCUGCAAUCUCCUUAAGUGUGUGGGUUUGCCGAAGAUAA